AUGAGGUCUGAUUUCAAGUUUUCCAACUUGCUGGGAUCUGUGUAUUACAGGGGCAAUCUCGUGUUCACCAAAGAUGGUUCCACCCUGCUGUCACCAGUUGGUAACAAGGUGUCUGUGUUCGAUCUUAUGCACAACAAAUCCUUCACAUUGGACUAUGAGCAUCGCAAGAACAUUUCAUGUCUGGCAUUGAAUAGUCAGGGGAAUCUUCUGAUAUCUGUGGAUGAAGAUGGAAGAGCCAUAUUGGUGAAUUUCAGAGCCCGUACAGUUCUGCAUCAUUUCAACUUCAAGGACAGAGUUCGUGAUAUAGUGUUUUCGCCUGAUGGGACGCAUUUUGCCAUUUCGUGCGGAAGACUUAUUCAGAUUUGGAAGACUCCAAGUUUGACAGAAGACAGACAGUUUGCACCAUUUGUGCGACACAGGGUUUAUGCCGGACAUUACUCUGAGGUGACAUCCGUGUCUUGGUCCGGAGACUCCAGGUUCAUCCUAUCUACAAGCAAAGAUAUGACAGCAAGGAUAUUUUCACUCGAGACCGAGGAUGCUGCUGCUAAGAUGACGUUAUCUGGACAUAGAGACCACGUGGUGAGGGCAUUCUUCUCCAAAGACCAGGAGAGCAUCUUCACUGUCAGCAAGGAUGGUGCCAUAUUUCAAUGGGAGUACACCACCAGACCUAAGGACGAGGACUCAUUAGAGUCGAAGAAAGAUGACGAUGAAGAGGACAUGAACUGGAGGAUAACGGACAGACACUAUUUUUUUGCUGAUACCAAAGUGAAGUGCUGUACUUUCCAUGCUGACUCAGGGGUUCUUACCGUCGGAUUUGGCAAUGGUGAAUUCCGUCUGUACGAACUGCCAUCUUUUACGCUCAUUCAGCAAUUGGCCAUGGGACAGAAUGCGGUGAACACUAUAACAGUGAACUCUACAGGUGAAUGGCUUGCUUUUGGUUCCAGUAAACUGGGUCAAUUAUUGGUGUACGAAUGGCAAUCUGAGUCGUACAUUCUGAAACAACAGGGUCACUUUGACUCCACAAAUGCCAUUGCCUAUUCUCCAGAUGGUGCCAGAAUUGUAACUGCUGCAGAUGACGGCAAGAUUAAGAUUUGGGAUAUCAUUUCGGGGUUUUGUCUUGCUACUUUUGACGAGCAUUCUUCGGCUGUCACUGGUAUAGCAUUCGCGAAGAGAGGUCAAGUCAUGUUUUCCAGUUCGCUUGAUGGGUCCGUGAGAGCAUGGGAUCUGAUCAGAUAUAGGAAUUUCCGUACUUUCACUGCUCCAGAAAGGAUUCAGUUUAGUUGUCUGGCUGUUGAUCCCAGUGGAGAGAUUGUGUGUGCCGGAUCGCUAGACGAUUUCAAUAUCCAUGUGUGGUCUGUGCAAACUUCGCAGUUGCUUGACUCUCUAUCUGGCCACGAAGGACCUGUAUCUUCUCUUUCUUUUGGUACUGAAAAUUCAAACGUGCUGGCCAGUGCUUCCUGGGACAAGACCAUCCGUGUGUGGGACAUCUUUGCCAGAUCUCAGACAGUGGAGCCUUUCCACGUUUUGUCGGAGUGUCUUGCCCUUGCAGUCAGACCUGAUUCAAAACAAGUUGCUGCCAGUACGCUGGAAGGUCAGGUAUCUUUUUGGGAUCUGGAAUCUGGUACACAGGUGGGCAAUAUUGAUGGCAGAAAAGAUAUUCUACAGGGAAGGCACAUUGAGGACCGAUUUGUCUCUCAAAAUUCGUCGAGGGGAAAGCACUUUUCAACGAUCUGCUACAGUUUCGAUGGUCUUUCUUUGCUUGCUGGUGGAAACAACAACUCGUUGUGUCUUUAUGAUAUCCCCAACGAGGUUUUGCUCAAAAGAUUCACCGUCUCUCAGAACAUGUCUCUCAACGGAACUCUUGAGCUACUCAAUUCUAAGAAGAUGACCGACGCAGGUCCUAUCGAUCUGAUCGAUCUGGAUGAUGAUCUUUCAGAUUUCGAGGAUCGUAAGAAGGGUUUCUCUACCAUGCCUGGUUCUGCAAGAGGUGACCCAUCUUUGAGAUCGACACUGCCCGAAAUAAGGGUCACGAGCGUUUCCUUUUCUCCAACGGCAAACGCAUUUGCAGCUGCUACAACAGAAGGACUACUUAUCUACUCUAUAGAUGACGACGCCAUGUUUGACCCAAUUGACCUCGAUAUGGAGGUGACUCCAGAGAACACACUGGAAGCCCUCAAGGAGAAGGAAUACCUCACUGCUUUGGUGAUGUCAUUCAGACUGAACGAAAAGUAUCUGAUUCACAAAGUGUACGACUCGAUCCUGGCCACUGAUGUUGAGCUCGUGGUGCAACAACUGCCAACGAUAUACAUCAGCAGACUGAUAGACUUCAUAGGUUCUCUCCUGAUGGAUGACCCACACAUCGAGUUCAACCUUUCGUGGAUCAAGGCGAUAUUUAAUUCCCACGGAAGACACAUUGCCAAAAAUAAGCAUAUUUAUGCAUCUGGAUUGAGAGCAAUUCAAAGGUUUUUGGCCAGAGUGGCCAAGGAAGUGGUUGCUGUUGGUGAGCGUAACACCUUCAAUCUGCAGUUUCUUACUUCUGAGCCGCACGGGGCCGUCGAUAGGGACGAAUUCCAGUUAAUGAUGGUUGGGGAGCCGGACGACUCCGACAUUUCGGCCUCAGACUCCGAAAUGGACCAAGAUGAAGACCGUGAAUCAUCUGCUGGGCAAAACUUGGACGAUUCUGAGGGAUCUGAUCAAGAAGAGUCUGAUGAUGAUAUGCAGGACUCCUAG